AUGAAGAAGGAGAUGGAGAUUAACGACCACCAGCUGUCAGUGGCUGAGCUGGAACAGAAAUACAGGACCAAUGCCACGAAGCAAGCCACCGUGAUCCGAGACGGAGACAAGUUCCAGAUCAACGCGGAUCAGCUGGUGGUGGGCGACCUGGUGGAGAUGAAAGGCGGGGACCGCGUGCCGGCGGACAUCCGCAUCCUCCAGGCCCAGGGCUGCAAGGUGGACAACUCCUCACUCACGGGCGAGUCUGAGCCCCAGACGCGCUCGCCCGAGUGCACGCACGAGAGCCCGCUGGAGACGCGCAACAUCGCCUUCUUCUCCACCAUGUGCCUCGAGGGCACCGCCCAGGGCCUGGUGGUGAACACGGGCGACCGCACCAUCAUCGGGCGCAUCGCCUCCCUGGCCUCGGGCGUAGAAAACGAGAAGACGCCCAUCGCCAUCGAGAUAGAGCACUUCGUGGACAUCAUUGCCGGCCUGGCCAUCCUCUUCGGGGCCACCUUCUUUGUGGUGGCCAUGUGCAUCGGCUACACCUUCCUGCGGGCCAUGGUCUUCUUCAUGGCCAUCGUGGUCGCCUACGUGCCCGAGGGGCUGCUGGCCACUGUCACG